AGACCACGAAUCACGACAUCACUCUGGGACGAUGAGGGCACUGUUUGUUACCAAGUUGACGUUCGUGGAAUCUGCGUUGCCCGUCGUCAAGAUAAUGACAUGAUAAACGGAACAAAGCUGUUGAAUGUCACAGGCAUGUCCCGUGGCAAACGCGAUGGGAUCCUUAAAAAUGAAAAAGGACGUGUUGUUGUAAAAGUUGGCGCCAUGCAUUUA